AUGCGUUGUUCCUUGGACACAUCUUCCCCCGCGGAAAGCCAGUCUUUAUUGCCUGGAUCGUUUGGAUCUGGUGGGCUACUCUCUAUCUUUCUCACCACUACGCAGUCGACCUCAUCGCCGGAAGCGUCCUAUCCGCCGUUUUCUUCUACAUUGCAAAAGCCAAGUUCCUACCCCGUGUCCAGAUGGACAAGAGAUGGCGUUGGGAUUACGACUAUGUCGAAAUUGGCGAGAGCGAGUCCGAAUACUCGUACCUUCUCAGCAGCCUCGACACAAGCGGCCAGAAGUACCACUCCGAUAGCGACGAGUGGACCGUCGGUGGAAUGUCGAACUCUGGAAGCUUGUCACCUGCUAGCGAAAGCCAGUCCCUCUGGGAAGGUGAAACUCUCGCCGAUCGUGAAUCCGACUUUGAACUUCGGUAAUCGCAUCGGCUACACAAACUCUCGCACGUUAUCAAGGUGUCUGCAGAAGCACCUUGUAUGGUUGCACUAA